AUGGAGUUCCCUAUCAAGUACAUUCUGAGUGGGUACCAAAGCAAUAAGAAACUGUCAGCUAACGUUGGGGACAACAUCACUUUGCAAUGCUUCUAUGAAGGUGAUGUUUUAGUCAUAAGCUGGUAUAAGCAAACAAUUGGACAGAAACCACAGGUUGUGUCUACCUUCUCUAAGCGUGGCAGAAAUGGCAGUUUUCAUGAUGAAUUCAAGAAUGAUCCACGUUUCAAACUGGAAACUGAAAUCAAUGGGAAUCACUUGAAAAUUGCAAAUUUGCGACAUUCAGAUUCUGCUACUUAUUUCUGUGCAGGCAGAUUUUUCUAUAUGCUUGAAUUUGGGGAUGGAGUUACUCUCAGUGUAAAGAGUUCAGGUCUGAACAUCCAAGCUGUCGUCCAUCAGUCGGAGUCUCAGACCAUCCAGCCAGGAGACUCUGUGACUCUGAACUGUACAGUGCACACUGGCACCUGUGAUGGAGAACACAGUCUUUACUGGUUCAGGAGCUCAGGACACUCUCAACCAAGAGCCAUUUACACACAUGGAGUCACUGAUGAUCAGUGUGAGAGGAAACCCACGACACACACACAGACCUGUUUCUACAAUCUUCCAAUGAAGAGCCUAAAUCUGUCUGAUGCUGGGACCUACUACUGUGCUGUGCUCUCAUGUGGGGAGAUACUGUUUGGAAAUGGGACCAAGAUAGACACUGAGUAUGAGGUGGCUUCUCCUCCUGUCUUGGUGUAUUUCUUGAGCACAGCAUUGGCAUUCACCAUCACCCUGGUUGUUCUCCUGGCUUCCUCUGUGCACAAGAUGCACAAAAUAAACUGUAGCCACUGCACAGACUCUCAGGCAAGACGUUUAGCUGCCUCUGCUCAACAUAGUGAAGACACAGACAACCUCCAUUACGCUGCUUUAAACAAAAACAAGAUCAACAGAUCAAGAAGACAGAGGGACAACACCAACACUGUCUGCGUGUACUCCAGCGUAAAGCACUAG